CGCCUAUGUCAUUCUCAUUGCAUCUAGCCACCGGCGUACAGCACAGCCAGUUCCGCUACACUUAAAAUACACGUUAAAUGGGUAUCUAAAAUGUCUUCACACCUCAACUGAAGUUUGUUUCAGUAAUUGUAAAACAAGACAACGCACAAUAUGCACUAAAAGGCCCUAGCAAACUCUUGGUCAAAGUACGGGCAGAUAAUGUUUGUACAGGGGAAGCAGGGUCACCUCACAACAAAAAGAGUUUGGCAAUUUUGUUGCAAACAGCAGUUCUUACAAAACAUCAAAAUAUCCACCAGCUUGUGUAAUAUUGGAAUUCCAUGUCAAAUCCUCAUAGAAAGCAAUAAACAUGAAUUUAAACUUCCUGGAAUCUGCCCACCCUAUGUACUUGCAUGACGGUCGUGAUGAACUCGUCCACCUGUGCCGAAUGUAAACACUGUACCGUGGUAUACGUGUGAAUACGUGUCGUCGCAGGGAUCUGUGGUGCCGAUGUCAGAGGACAUCUGAACUUUGUGAAUUCGUUUAAGAAUUUCCAGUCCAGAUGUCAGCCGAGAGUCCGCCUGCGUUGUUUCCCUCUGUAUCGGUUUCCCUGUUUUCCUAUCCAGGUGGAACGUGUCCCGAUGUCAUCCAACCUGGCGUUCAUUCGGAUUCAGCUUCCGAAACUUCAUCCUCCACAUCACAGUGUAACAUGUCCACCUUCAGAACAAUCGUCAGUAGAAGUUCAGAUCUCCCACCCCCGGAAAGUGUGACGUCACGAUGCGUGAUUUCUUCCUCGGCGCCCGUUCUUUAUCUUGCGGAACACCCCGAGGGUAUCUCUGUAAGCACUACACUUAUGAACUACAUUUGUUCUGAAUAUCAAGAUGUGGAUGUUGGACUCUUUGUUGGCGAACCCAAGGAUACGGUAACGGAAUCCCCAAGGGUGAGUACAUCUCCGGAUACCGCCACGGAGAACCAUAGCCUAGCGGAUUCUGGGUAUGAAGAGUCCCUCAAUCUCCAGUGCCUGGAAACUGUUCUGGACUGGAAGGGCGUGUCCAUGAGUCCGGGACCUGCUCCCUUGUAUCUGUCAUCAACGCUGUUACACAGUCCCGAUCAUCGCGGCUUUGGGGAUUACCUAGACGACAUCUACUAUCACCGACUAAGUAUCGAGUACAAGUACCAAGUCAACAACUGUCUAGAGGGACAAAGAGAGGUGACUCCGGGUAUGAGAGGUUUGCUAAUAAGCUGGAUGACCGGUGUCCAUCACCAGCUGAUCAUGUGCCAGGACAGCUUGUUUGUCGCGGUCAAUAUCGUUGACCGGAUAUUAGACAUCAUGCAUGCUUCUAGGGACUGCCUCCAGCUUCUGGGAAUCUCGUCGUUACUGAUAGCCGCCAAAUGUGAGGAGGUCAGCCCACCGGAAAUCACCGAGCUCCUGAGCUGCUGUACAGACACGUACUCACGUGACCAGGUUAAGCAUCUCGAGAGGGUCAUCCUGAACGCCAUCAAAUUUGAUUUACUGGUUCCAACGCCUCAGUUUUUCCUGGAAUAUUUUUCAUCCUGUUGUAUCUCUCUGUUCGGAGGAUUCCAAAGCGAUCGUCUGAGACAGUCCCGUGCGCAUGCACGUUGCGUGCUGGAGCUUUCGCUACAGGAUUACGACUUGAGCCAGGUUCGCCCGUCCUUGUUGGCCUUGUGUGUAUGGAAGGUGGCCGUAGACCUGACCCAGUGUGAUGACGGAGAGUUUAUUCCACCUGGACUCGACUUCCGGCGGGAGGAUUUCCAAAAUAUAUAUUCCCAGGUCCGAACGUUUUCUGAAAAUUUAAAGAAAAGCUUCCCUGAUGUGAGCAGUAUUUGUGAAUAUUAUUUCAACGUGUAUGGAGCUGAGUAAUAGAUUUGUUGUUAAACAAAAAGGUCGAUAUUUAUAAAUGAAGCAGUCAAACCUUUGACAUUUCUGGUCGUCUUGGUGAUAUACACAAAAUAUACUUUGUUUGAUUGAGUGUUGCAUGUCUGAUCUCCAUUUGGCUAAAAUAGACGGACAAUGCAUUUCUAUAUUAUACUUUUUUCGACACAGAAAGUCGACAUUAGUUAGGGCCAACAAAAACACGAACAUGUGGUAGCUUCCC